CCAAACUCUGGUGGCGAAAGGCUUCUCAUAGCCGCAUGGGAUGAGUGGUAGAUGCGAAGAGUGCGGUGCGACAACUGAAUGGGACCAAGAACUCGGUUCCGCGAUAUGCCUCCAAUGUGGCACGCUCGCGGACCCAACCCAGAGCGUGUUCACCUCUCACUAUGACUACAUCGACACGUCGGCGCGCGAAUACUCUGUUUGGAGUAAUGUGCCUGGCGGCGGUACGCUGCGAGGUAGAAAUGGCUGGGCCCUGGCGGGGCAGGGCAAGGAGGCGCGGGAUCGCAAGAAUACGAUAUCCAUGCACGAGUUUAUUCGUACGAUUGCUACCCGCCAGUCGAAUCCUGGUAUAACUUCGCGCGCGCAAGGUAUCUUCGACCAAGCUAUGAGGCGUGGUCACUACCGCUGGGGACGCCGGGCAAAGCUGACCGCCGGAGCGGCACUCGCUAUUGCCCUACGCGAGGCGCACAAGAGCGAUUCGAUCCGUGACAUUGCAUACCUACUUGACGAAUCGCCCAACGCAGUUUCGCGCGCGUUCAGCGCGGUCGUCGAACUGCUCGACCUGAAGCUGUCUACCGCGGACCCCGCCGUGCAUUUGCCGAUGCUUCAAACCCAUUUGGUCUCGUUGGUCGAUAUCACCCAGGGUAACACAAGUAGCAAUCCGCUGCCCGCUCAGCUCAUCAAGACACUAUCGUCACUCCUUUCGCAGCUCACGAGCGUCAUGCGCAUUGCCAACGCUCUGUCGGUCCUCCUUGAGCGCACACACAUGCUAGCGCAUCUUCCCACCCAGCCUACCGCAUGCGCCAUACUCCUGCUCGCACUCGAAGCAGAGCUGGGCUCCUCCCUACCACACGCCGGCGCAUUGGCCCAAUCACUCGGCGCACGAGUGGGCGCAGGCAAGGGUGUCGUGAUGCAGCGGUACAAGCAGAUCUACGACCUCGUCGAGGAGUGGAUCCGGGAGGUACCCUGGCUGGACGCGCACGAGCGUAAGCGCGCGAAGGGGAAGGCGGGCGGGGGCCGCUCGAAGGUCGCGAAGCGUGUCGUUGUCGCGCGGGGCCUCAAGGACGUCGUACAGUUUCAGGAGGAGAUUUGGCGGAAACGCGUCGAGAGCGCUGGCCGGCCGCUACUCGAGCUCGAGGUGGACGAGAAAGAUACGGGCACGGACGACUGGGAUGGGAGCCAGAUAUCUUCCACGGCUUCCCAAGCUCCCUCUGGCUCUGGGAGUAGUCACGAUGGGACGGGCCCUCGGAAAGGCAAGAAAGCGAAGACGCACCACCCAAAGUCCAUUGUGGACGCGUCGCACUUCCUCCUCGACCCGCUCUCAACCUCCGCACUCCCUUCUCCCGCCCCGCUCGGCUCUGCGUUGACUCGCUGCGCCUCUCCGAGGACCGCGGGGCCAGGUUCCCCAGAUCUGCUCACGCACCUGCUCACCGCGGACGCGUCCUCGCUUUCGCACGUGUUCCGCGCUGCGCCGAGCCGGCUUCAGCUCCUCGCCGCGGAUCGUGGGGGUGCGGACGAGUCGUGCAUUGCGGACGAUGAGCUAUUUGGAGAGGAUGAGCUUGAAGGCUUCAUGCGUGCCCCCGAGGAGGUGGAGGCGGUGCGGAUUGCCAUGGGAUGGGAUGAGGACGGAGAUGCCGAUGGCGGAGAGGGGUCGGCUAAGGAGACCAAACGGGGGAAGAAGCGGAGACGAGAUGAUGUCAAUGAGGGCGAUGAGGCGGGACAAGUCUCGACAACGGGAAAGGGCAAGGAGCGAGCCGUGGGAUCGAAGAGAAUCAACAUGGACGCGCUCGCGAGGUUGCUGGAUCCAGAAGCGCACCCCGUUGCGGAACAGCCCGAGCUCGAGAACGAGUAUGGUGGCACCCAUGGCGUGGGGGUAUUCGACGAAGAUGAAGUUGACCAUGAGGACAAGGACUUCGAGGAGGACGAAGACGGCUCUGUCGGGACGGUCGUCGGGAGAGACGACCCGUUCACAGCCCGGUCCGCACCGGACGACGGAGGGGAGGUUGUGGAAGAGUGGCGACCGUUGUCACCGGGAGGUGGGGGUUCGGCGGAAGACUGGUAUGACUUCUGA